CGAGGCGAGGCGAGGCCAGGCCAGGCCAGGCCAGGCCAGGCCAGGCCAGGCGAGGCCAGGCCAGGCCGUAGCCGGGGCGCGCUCGGGCUCGGCGCGCAGGCCGCGCACAGAAAGAUCAGUCAUGGCGGGUGAUGCCAUCAUGGUUAUGAGAGGCUUGACAAAGCUCAGUAAAGCAGUCCUAGAAACCCAAGCAGGACAGCUUCAGCAGGCGUUCCUUGGAGGCAAUGCAUUUACCAUUGCAAAGAGUCUGCAGGCCGCUGCUGAAGAACAGUUUAGUUCUGCCUUGGGGAAAGUGCAGGAACUAGGCAAACAGCAGGAGAACUUAACUGAUCUUACAGAUGACUUUGGGAAAGACUAUGACUUCUCAGCACGAGAGCCAUCAAAUGCUUCAAUGGACUUCUCUGCUCCAUCUGGCAAGCCCCAUGAACACAGCGGUGAGGGCCCUGCUUAUUCUUACACUACCAGUGGACCUUUUAGAAAUGUUGGCGAAACUGGAGAUUCAGGCCUGGGACAGAAGCCUUUCCCUGCCAAAAUGGAUGCAAGGUUAUUUGGAGGCUUUAGGGACCCUGGAAAUCCUUUUGCUGCUGCCUUUGGACAAAACAGGGCUUUUCACCAAGACCAUUCUUCAGUUGGUGGGCUAACAGCUGAAGAUAUUGAUAAAGCCAGACAGGCCAAAACAGGUUCGGAGCAGAAACCUUACAAACAGAUGCUCAGUGAACGGGCCCGAGAGCGCAAAGUUCCUGUCACGCGGAUUGGAAGACUCGCCAACUUUGGAGGACUAGCUGUUGGUCUUGGCAUUGGGGCAUUAGCAGAAGUUGCAAAGAAGAGCCUUAGACCUGAUGAACGCAAUGGAAAGAAAGCAGUGAUGGAUUCCAGCCCGUUCCUGUCAGAGGCCAAUGCAGAAAGAAUCGUGAGAACUUUGUGCAAAGUCCGGGGAGCAGCACUGAAGCUGGGACAGAUGUUAAGCAUUCAAGAUGAUGCCUUCAUCAACCCUCAUCUCCAGAGGAUUUUUGAGCGUGUACGUCAGAGUGCUGACUUCAUGCCAAUAAAGCAGAUGAUGAAAACUCUGAACAAUGAUCUUGGCCCUAACUGGAGGGAUAAGCUGGAGUUCUUUGAAGAGCGUCCCUUUGCUGCUGCUUCGAUUGGUCAGGUUCACCUGGCACGCUUGAAAAACGGGAAGGAAGUUGCCAUGAAAAUUCAGUACCCUGGAGUUGCCCAGAGCAUCAACAGUGAUGUUAACAACCUGAUGACUGUCCUGAGCAUGAGCAAUAUUCUUCCUGAAGGUUUGUUCCCUGAGCAUUUGAUUGAAGUUCUGAGCAGAGAGCUGGCCCUGGAGUGUGAUUACCAGAGAGAAGCUGCCUGUGCAAAGAAAUUCCAGGAACUGCUGAAAGACCACCCAUUCUUCUAUGUCCCAAGAGUAGUGGAUGAGCUGUGCAGCCAACAUGUCCUGACCACAGAGUUGGUGACUGGCUUCCCAUUGGAUCAAGCUGUAGGGCUGAGCCAGGAGAUCCGAAAUGAGAUCUGUCACAAUAUCCUGGUCCUGUGUCUGCGGGAGCUGUUUGAGUUCAGGUAUAUGCAGACUGACCCGAACUGGUCUAACUUCUUCUAUGACCCACAGUUGCAUAAGGUGGCCCUGUUGGAUUUUGGAGCAACACGAGGGUUUGAUGAGAAGUUCACAGAUGUAUACAUUGAGGUAAUCAAGGCAGCUGCCGACAUGGACAGAGAAAGAGUACUGAGGAAGUCAAUUGAGAUGAAAUUCCUCACUGGCUAUGAAGUCAAGGAAAUGGAAGAUGCUCACUUAAAUGCUGUCCUUAUCCUGGGAGAGGCUUUUGCAUCUGAGGAACCUUUUGAUUUUGGCAACCAAAGCACCACUGAAAAGAUCCAUGGCUUAAUCCCAGUCAUGCUGAAGCAUCGACUUGUCCCACCACCAGAGGAAACCUACUCUCUUCAUCGGAAGAUGGGGGGUUCUUUCCUUAUCUGCACCAAACUGAAGGCCAAAAUCCCCUGCAAAAACAUGUUCCAAGAGGCGUAUAGUAAAUACUGGAGCAGUAGGGGCAAGAAGCCAGAGGAGUAGUAAGAGUGAACUUACACGUCUUGUUCUGAAGGCUCAGUUCGUCUGAGCCUUAGAAAGAGCUUUGUAGCCUCUCAUGUGUUGCACCCUAGCUCUCCGUCCUCUUGAGAUGCAGCAGCCUGUGCCCUGGAAGCCAAGUGUGCAUUUCACAAGGACAAAGUUGUUCUUCUGUGGUGUCUCUUCUAUGCUAAGACUUCCAGUACAGCACACAGCUUGCAGGAAACUAUCCUCUUGAGGUGGUGGGGCAAAGCUGCUGUGUGCUUCUGUACUGUUACAAGGCACCAGCCAACUACCUUGAAUGCAUUUUUUAAACGUUGUGAUGGUGGCUGCGUAUUGAUUGGGUUUUAUAAACGAGUAGGGAAAGGAGGACGAGCUGAAUUUGUUAGUAUGGAAACCUGUUUGUAAUUCUCUGAAAAUUGUUUUUUAAAAACCUUCCCUUUUUCAAGCAAAGGUGGAAUUCAAGUAGUUUUCAUACUGUGAAUUAGAGCAAAAUAUUAAGAUGUACCCUAUCACAGACACCCUCAGCCCCCUAUUUUUGUAAGUCAAGUGGUAGUAGAUCAAGAACUCUCCUGGAUUUUACUGAUGUUAAUUUAACGUAAGGCGCGUGUGUGUGUGUGUACACAGGAUGAAGUUUUAUGCUUUCUGCCUUUCUUUGGCUUUCAAGCUAAACAUAGGAAAUAGACUUUAAAAAUAUGAGAAUUGAUUACUAAAUUUUUUUAAUACAUGCGUGCACUACACACACAUGCGUGCCCACACACACACACAAACUUGCACAACCCAUCUCACUUCUGGGAGUCAAAUAUUUAAUCAACAAAUAGUUGAUUAAAUAGGAUCCUUCAUUAUCUGGUAGGUAUCAGCUUUCCUGAUGGCAAGUUAGAUGAGCUUACAACUCUGACACCCAUUGCUUGCUGGACCCCUGACCCAAGAAGCUAGCCUGUCCUUUUUUUUUUUUUUUUGGUCUGUUUUCCUGUAAUGGAGAACUUUAUGGUAAGGCAGACAAAACGCUUCAUGUCUCAUAAGCAUUUCAAGCUUUUGCUGAAAUGCCAUACACGUUUAAAACCAGACGCACAGUUUUGAACUAUUGGAGUCAAGCUAGCAAAUUAUUUUCUUGGAUUUUUUUUGUACAAAUCCUGUACCUUGUAUGACCUGUAUGAUUUCAAUAAAAAAGUGCUUGUGCGGUGGGC